CGCGCCCGGCGGGGGCGGGCUUUACUGAGCACCCAGCUGCAGCCGGAGCCGGACGUGUCCGCGAAGAUGGCGGGCCGGAGCAUGCAAGCUGCAAGAUGUCCUACAGAUGAAUUAUCUUUAACCAACUGUGCAGUUGUGAAUGAAAAGGAUUUCCAGCCCGGCCAGCACGUGAUUGUGAGGACCUCUCCCAACCACAGGUAUACAUUUACAUUGAGGACCCAUCCGUCGGUGGUGCCAGGGAGCAUCGCAUUCAGCUUGCCUCAGCGAAAAUGGGCUGGACUUUCUAUUGGGCAAGAAAUAGAAGUAUCCUUAUAUACAUUUGACAAGGCCAAGCAAUGUAUUGGCACAAUGACCAUCGAGAUUGAUUUCCUGCAGAAGAAAAGCAUCGACUCCAACCCUUACGACACUGACAAGAUGGCAGCAGAAUUCAUCCAGCAGUUCAACAACCAGGCGUUCUCCGUGGGGCAGCAGCUCGUGUUUAGCUUCAAUGAAAAGCUUUUUGGUUUGCUGGUGAAGGAUAUCGAAGCCAUGGAUCCUAGCAUCUUGAAGGGAGAACCCGCGACAGGUAAAAGACAGAAGAUUGAAGUAGGACUGGUUGUUGGAAAUAGUCAAGUUGCAUUUGAAAAAGCAGAAAAUUCAUCCCUCAAUCUUAUUGGUAAAGCUAAAACCAAGGAAAAUCGCCAGUCUAUCAUCAAUCCUGAUUGGAAUUUUGAGAAAAUGGGAAUAGGAGGUCUGGAUAAGGAAUUUUCAGAUAUUUUUCGACGAGCAUUUGCUUCCCGAGUGUUUCCUCCAGAGAUUGUGGAGCAAAUGGGUUGCAAACAUGUUAAAGGCAUCCUAUUAUAUGGGCCCCCAGGUUGUGGUAAGACUCUCUUGGCUCGACAGAUUGGCAAGAUGUUGAAUGCAAGGGAGCCCAAAGUGGUCAAUGGGCCAGAAAUCCUUAACAAGUAUGUGGGAGAGUCAGAGGCCAACAUUCGUAAACUCUUUGCUGACGCAGAAGAGGAGCAGAGGAGGCUUGGUGCUAACAGUGGUUUGCACAUAAUCAUCUUUGAUGAAAUUGAUGCCAUCUGCAAGCAGAGAGGGAGCAUGGCUGGUAGCACAGGAGUUCACGACACUGUCGUCAACCAGCUGCUGUCCAAAAUUGAUGGAGUGGAGCAACUGAACAACAUCUUAGUCAUCGGAAUGACCAAUAGACCAGAUCUGAUAGAUGAGGCUCUCCUUCGACCUGGAAGACUGGAAGUUAAAAUGGAGAUAGGCUUACCAGAUGAGAAGGGCCGACUACAGAUCCUACACAUCCACACAGCAAGGAUGAGAGGUCAUCAGUUACUCGCUGCUGACGUAGACAUUAAAGAACUGGCUGUAGAGACCAAGAAUUUCAGCGGGGCUGAACUGGAGGGUCUGGUGCGGGCAGCACAGUCCACUGCUAUGAACCGGCACAUAAAGGCCAGCACUAAAGUAGAGGUGGACAUGGAGAAAGCAGAGAGCCUGCAGGUGACAAGAGGAGACUUUCUUGCUUCUUUGGAGAAUGAUAUCAAACCAGCAUUUGGCACAAACCAAGAGGAUUAUGCAAGUUACAUUAUGAAUGGUAUUAUCAAAUGGGGCGAUCCAGUUACUCGAGUUCUAGAAGAUGGGGAGCUGCUGGUUCAGCAGACUAAAAAUAGUGAUCGUACACCCCUGGUUAGCGUCCUUUUGGAAGGCCCUCCUCACAGUGGGAAGACUGCUUUAGCUGCAAAGAUUGCGGAGGAGUCCAACUUCCCCUUCAUCAAGAUCUGCUCUCCUGAUAAGAUGAUUGGCUUUUCUGAGACAGCCAAGUGUCAGGCCAUGAAGAAGAUCUUUGAUGAUGCAUACAAAUCGCAGCUUAGUUGUGUGGUUGUAGACGACAUUGAGAGACUGCUUGAUUAUGUCCCCAUUGGCCCUCGAUUUUCUAAUCUGGUAUUACAGGCUCUUCUUGUGUUGCUGAAAAAGGCACCUCCUCAGGGCCGCAAGCUUCUUAUCAUUGGGACCACUAGCCGCAAAGAUGUCCUUCAGGAGAUGGAAAUGCUGAACGCUUUCAGCACCACCAUCCACGUGCCCAACAUUGCCACGGGAGAGCAGCUGCUGGAGGCUCUGGAGCUUUUGGGCAACUUCAAAGAUAAGGAACGUACCACAAUUUCACAGCAAGUCAAAGGGAAGCAGGUUUGGAUAGGAAUCAAGAAGUUACUAAUGUUGAUCGAGAUGUCGCUACAGAUGGAUCCUGAAUACCGUGUGAGAAAAUUCCUGGCCCUCUUACGAGAAGAAGGAGCGCCUGAGAGACCAAGCAAGGAAGUGGGUUGUUCUGUUGGUUUGCUCUCCUUGUCCUGCUUCGCAAAACUUCCUUGUCGCAAUGCAGGAAAAAACUCGAUGUAGCCCCCUUGACUUUGAAAACGGACUCUUUGCACACACACAGUGACCAAGGGAAGUGACCAAGGUGAAGAUGGCCUGGGAUCUUCACCCAACUUAACUCAAGAUCCUGGACAAAGUGACACAGUCCCUGCCUUCAACAUGUGCUCACUCUGCAUGAUUAGUGCAAUAAAACUCCCUCCCUUGUGCUUACUCAGCUAUUCUGCCGUUUUGUGGAAGGUGCAAGUUUGCUCUAGAAUGCUGUGCUUCCCUCUCUGUGCAAGCUAAGAUGAUUUCUUCCUCCGCGGUCUCGAAGCGUGGGUGAUGCACUACACUUGCGAACACUACGCAUUUUAAGCUCCCCACCAUCGUCACCACCCAAAACUCUCCCUGAAUGUAAUGAGGUUGCAGGACGGCGCUGGGCUUAUUAAAAGGACGACCUUUUAGAAAGAAAGCAGGUAGAGUGACUGGAGGUGGGGUUCAGACGGGCUGUCUUUCAGCUCCCCUGUGCCAACACUAGAGGCACUUGGGUAUUUGGUUAAAGGUUCUCCCAGAAAACUGGUUGUGACCUUUGCCUGAAGGAGCAGGGCUUUGAAUUUCUAAAUGCUGUUCUCAGAGAUGUUUCCACGUUGAAGUCAGGAGGUCUUUCGAAUAGGAAGUCUGAUUAUUACUGUGUUGGCCAUGGCACCCCUCAGUGUCACUAACUUACUCUGUGGUAAGAGAUCUCACUGUUACCAGCUGGUAGAUGUUGGAAAAGACCCGUGUGCAAAAAGCACACACCCCUAAUAGAAAGCAGUCGUUACAAUUAAGUCAUUUAUAAAGUCUCAGCACUAACUAGUGUCCAAUUCUAAACGGGACAGUUCUUUAUAAUAUUAAAGGCUUACUAGUAUCACCAUUUUUCUGUUUCCUUAGCUUAACGACUUAGAAUUUAUCCUUUAUUUUAAACUAUCUAUUAUCUAGCAUCUGUUAAAUAAAACACUUUUCUCCAGAAGACGCUGUUUUCUAGCCCUCGCCCUCUGAGUCUUUUAAUAUCCAUUCCAGUAUGUCUAACGCAUUUCCUUUACCCUCUACACGCUUCUUGCAAAGGGAAGGAGAGCCAGUGGUUUGUCUUACGGCGGAGCAGGAGUUAAGUAGGUCAGCAUGUCUGUGAUGAGACUUGCAGAGCAUGCCACUCUCCCCCCGCUGCUGCUUAAAACGCAGGGACAGGCAAUCAGAAACCACCUGAAGGGGCUCUACGCCACCCGGGGACUUGUUGCCACAGUGGCCCUUGAGUGUAGCUCUGUCAUCUGUCCCCGUGGUAGAAGGCAAAUCAUCUCCAGAUCUUGCCAUCUGUGUAGUUUUGGUUGACUUCAGUGUCCUAUCUAUCUUGUGUUGGGUUUUCAUCCCUAGCUUAUUUUGUGGCUUUUUAAAAAGUGGAUUGUAUUGUGAAAUUCUGUGAUUCCCAGUGGCCAGUAUCUUGGAUUCCCUUAUCUGUUUUAUAGCUUGCCUCUUUUCUCUUCCCGUGAAAGCAGCACACAUUGUAUUAACUUAUGUCUCUCGUUAAAUGAGGUUGGUGUCUUUGUGUUUUGUCCAAAACUAUACUGAAAAAUAUAUAUUGUUUAAUGCAAAUGAAGGAAUGCAAUAAAGACUACCUAUACUUGAAAACA